GGGUUGUUUGUUGGAUUAUUUGGCUCUUAACUUUGGGGCAGCUCCUCAACCGCGUUGGUUUAAAGAACUGUGUGUUCGUGUGUCCAUGUUCAUGCGUCUGUACUGGUGGUUUUAGCGGGGAAAAUCCAAGUCCUAAGCCUUUGUUGACAACAGACGUGCCCCUUAGGCUCCUGUAGAAUAAUCUUUAUGUUUAUAUAAUUUGGUGAGAUCUAACAGAGUGAAAGUGCGGUUUUGGAGUGAGGCUCCCCAAAUCUUUUCUAAGGGCUUGAGUUCUAGUCUUUUUAAUUGGGAUUAAGGCAGGGAGGAUGAAAACAUCGUGCUCUUACCUAGUUGGCAGAAAUCUCUAUAAGUUUUUUGUUAUGAGUUGGGUAUUAAUCAAGCCUUCACUACUUGCAGUGUGAGAAGGGUGCAUCUUUAACCCUUAGUGUUCCAAAAACAAAUCUAAGGUCAUUGCUCCUAAAUCUCUUUGUGGUAUGUAAAGAUUGAGAGUACAGAUUCAAAUACUACUGAAAAGUUGAAUCUGGGACCCUGGAUUUUGUUCUCAUUGAUGGUGGAAGAUUUAAUGGAACUAAGAUUCCAGAUGGCAAAUUCUAUGAAUGGCAGAAACCCUGGUGGUCGAGGAGGAAACCCCCGAAAAGGACGAAUUUUGGGUAUUAUUGAUGCUAUUCAGGAUGCUGUUGGACCCCCUAAGCAAGCAGCAGCAGAUCGCAGGACAGUGGAGAAAACUUGGAAACUCAUGGACAAAGUGGUCAGACUGUGCCAAAAUCCCAAACUUCAGUUGAAAAAUAGUCCUCCAUAUAUACUUGAUAUUUUACCUGAUACAUAUCAGCAUUUGAGACUUAUAUUGAGUAAAUAUGAUGACAACCAGAAACUUGCCCAACUCAGUGAGAAUGAAUAUUUUAAAAUCUACAUUGAUAGUCUAAUGAAAAAGUCAAAAAGGGCUAUAAGACUCUUUAAAGAAGGCAAGGAGAGGAUGUAUGAAGAGCAGUCACAGGACAGACGAAAUCUCACAAAACUAUCCCUUAUCUUCAGCCACAUGCUGGCAGAAAUCAAAGCGAUCUUUCCCAAUGGGCAAUUCCAGGGAGAUAACUUUCGUAUCACGAAAGCAGAUGCUGCUGAAUUCUGGAGAAAGUUUUUUGGAGACAAAACUAUCGUACCAUGGAAAGUAUUCAGACAGUGCCUUCAUGAGGUCCAUCAAAUUAGCUCUGGCCUGGAAGCAAUGGCUCUAAAAUCAACAAUUGAUUUAACUUGUAAUGAUUACAUUUCGGUUUUUGAAUUUGAUAUUUUUACCAGGCUGUUUCAGCCUUGGGGCUCUAUUUUACGGAAUUGGAAUUUCUUAGCAGUAACUCAUCCGGGUUACAUGGCAUUUCUCACUUAUGAUGAAGUUAAAGCACGGCUACAGAAAUACAGCACCAAACCCGGAAGCUACAUUUUCCGGUUAAGCUGCACUAGGUUGGGACAGUGGGCCAUCGGCUAUGUGACAGGGGACGGCAAUAUCUUACAGACUAUCCCACACAACAAACCCUUAUUUCAAGCCCUGAUUGAUGGCAGCAGAGAAGGAUUCUAUCUUUAUCCGGAUGGGAGGAGUUAUAAUCCUGAUUUAACUGGAUUAUGUGAACCUACACCCCAUGAUCAUAUAAAAGUUACACAGGAGCAAUAUGAAUUGUAUUGUGAAAUGGGUUCCACUUUUCAGCUCUGCAAAAUUUGUGCUGAAAACGACAAAGAUGUUAAGAUUGAGCCUUGUGGGCAUUUGAUGUGCACCUCUUGCCUUACAGCCUGGCAGGAGUCAGAUGGCCAAGGCUGCCCCUUCUGUCGCUGUGAAAUAAAAGGAACAGAGCCCAUAAUUGUGGACCCGUUUGAUCCAAGAGAUGAAGGGUCCAGGUGCUGUAGCAUCAUUGACCCCUUUGGAAUGCCGAUGCUGGACUUGGAUGAUGAUGACGACCGAGAGGAGUCCUUGAUGAUGAAUCGCCUGGCAAAUGUUCGAAAGUGCACUGACAGGCAGAAUUCCCCGGUCACAUCCCCAGGAUCCUCUCCCCUUGCGCAGAGAAGAAAGCCACAUCCAGACCCCCUCCAGAUCCCACAUCUAAGCCUGCCACCCGUGCCUCCUCGCCUGGAUCUGAUUCAGAAAGGCAUAGUUCGGUCUCCCUGUGGCAGCCCAACUGGUUCACCAAAGUCUUCUCCUUGCAUGGUGAGGAAACAAGAUAAACCACUCCCGGCACCACCACCUCCCUUAAGAGACCCUCCUCCCCCUCCUCCUGAGAGACCUCCCCCAAUCCCACCUGACAACAGACUGAGUCGUCACUUUCAUCCAGUGGAAAGCGUGCCUUCCAGAGACCAGCCCAUGCCUCUUGAAGCCUGGUGCCCUAGGGAUGUGUUUGGGACUAAUCAGUCAGUGAGCUGUCGCCUCCUAGGGGAUGGCUCUCCAAAGCCUGGAAUCACGGCGAGUUCCAGUGUCAAUGGAAGGCACAGUAGGAUGGGCUCUGACCCAGUGCUCAUGCGGAAGCACAGACGCCACGAUUUGCCUUUAGAAGGAGCCAAGGUGUUUUCCAAUGGUCACCUGGGAAGUGAAGAAUAUGAUGUUCCUCCCCGGCUCUCUCCUCCCCCUCCAGCUGCCGCCCUUCUCCCCAGCAUCAAGUGUACUGGUCCAUUAGCAAAUUCCCUUUCAGAGAAAAGAGAUCCAGUAGAGGAAGAUGAUGAUGAAUACAAGAUUCCUUCAUCCCAUCCUGUUUCCCUGAAUUCACAACCAUCUCAUUGUCAUAAUGUAAAACCUCCUCCUAGGUCUUGUGAUAAUGGUCAUUGUCUAUUGAAUGGAACACAUGGUACAUCUUCAGAGAUGAAGAAAUCAAACCUCCCUGAGUUAGGCAUAUAUUUAAAGGGAGAUGUUUUUGAUUCAGCCUCUGAUCCUGUGCCAUCACCACCUGCCAGGCCUCCAACUCGGGACAAUCCCAAGCAUGGUGCUUCACUCAACAGGACGCCCUCUGAUUAUGACCUUCUCAUCCCUCCAUUAGGUGAAGAUGCUUUUGAUGCCCUCCCCCCAUCCCUCCCACCUCCCCCACCUCCCGCAAGGCAUAGCCUCAUCGAACAUUCAAAACCUCCUGGCUCCAGUAGUCGACCAUCCUCAGGACAAGAUCUUUUCCUCCUUCCAUCAGAUCCCUUUUUUGAUCCAGCAAGUGGCCAAGUUCCUUUGCCUCCUGCUAGGAGAUUACCAGGUGAAAAUGUCAAAUCCAACAGAACAUCACAGGACUAUGAUCAGCUUCCUUCAUCUUCAGAUGGUUCACAAGCACCAGCCAGACCUCCUAAACCACGACCCCGCAGGACUGCACCGGAAAUUCACCACAGAAAACCCGAGGCAGCACUGGAAAAUGUUGAUGCAAAAAUUGCAAAACUCAUGGGAGAGGGUUAUGCCUUUGAAGAAGUAAAGCGAGCCUUAGAGAUAGCCCAGAAUAAUGUCGAAGUGGCCCGAAGCAUCCUCCGAGAAUUUGCCUUCCCCCCUCCAGUCUCCCCACGUCUAAAUCUAUAGCAGCCAGGACUGCUAAUGCCAGAAUGCAGAGCAAUCACUGAAUAUUCCAGGCAUGUGGAAAGGAGAAGCGUGAGACGGAAUUCAAGGGGAGAAGGUGUCUCUUCCUCACAUGGCAUCUUGAGACGAGAUAGGCUCAGAAGUGCUGCUUCUCAGAAGACGGCUUCUUGCCAAGGAUGCCAGUGGGUGCGGCAUCCUCGUUUUUGCUAGCCAUACUUUUCAAUCAGGGUUGAACUGACAAAAAUAAUUUAAAGACGUUUACUUCCCAUGAACUUUGAAUCUGUGAAAUGCUUUUCCUUGUUUACAAGUUGACGAAGUUAGAGUUUGUUUUUUUAGUUUUCUUUGGGGAUUUUUUUGAUAACUGUACUGUGUUCUUGAUGGACCCUUUGUACAGUGGUCAAGUCUGCUGUAACAUCUCCUACCCACUCCAUUGCUGUCCACGUCCACAGCUGCGUCACCUGUUCAUUGUGAUCUGUCCCAUCCCACCCGCCAACCCAGGUCCAGUUCCAUCUCUCCCAUUUAUAAGAUGCUUUAAAAGUUCUGAUUUUCAACGUAUCAAAUUAAUGCAAAAAAAAAAAAAAAGUGUGUGGCCUUCACUACUGAGUCUUCUUUGGAAACCACCCUGUUGAGAGAUGGGGAAAAUCUGAAUGUAUAAAGCAUUUUUUGUCAAUUAAACUGCCUUUUAUAAGGGAUUUUCAUAUAUAACAUAGAAGAGCUUCCCUUUUAGUGUCAGUUUCGUGAUCUUCAAUCUUCCAUACUCUCACCUUUGUCAUCCCAGGGGUGUAACGACUCUGUAAGAACCUAAAACAUUAGAAACAACUACUGCCGAAGUGGGAGAAAUACAUUUGCACAUGACAAUGCCAUAUUGAAGUUAUAUAAUGAGGUCCCCUGAUACUUAUGCCUGCAUUACUUUGAGGCAUGCUGAAUAGGAGGGCUGUCUCCCAAAAAUGUAUUAAUACUUUUCACAUCAAAUUAUGACCAUACUUUGCCCAAAGUGGAAUAGAGUUCAUUUCCUAUUUGAGUGGUUACCCUCUGGUACCUAAGAAGUUUAGGAACCAGUUCAUAUUGCAGAGGAAAACAAAUCCUUGAUGCACUGUUAAGUGCUAAUGCUACUGUGGCAAUGUUUUUUGGUUUUUUUUUUUUUUUUUUUUUUUUGCAAAAUUCUAAUUUUCUCUCUGGCAUCAAUUAGAGUUAGUAUUUAACUGUUAGAUUCUCUCAUUAAUUGCUCCAUGAUGCUCCAUCCAGUAAGGUGAAAGAAAUUUAUAUAGUUUUGCCUUUUUUUGCAAAAUAGGGGUUGGUUCUUCAGAAACCGUGUUAUUACUUUUAUUAAUACAAAUAUUUAUUGAGUAUCUAUGAUGUGCUCCACACUGUUAGGCACUGUUUUUAAAGCACAAACCAUCAUGAGCUGACUCCAUUAUGAUAUUCUCUUGUCCUUUAUCUGCACUUUUGAUGGUGAAAGUCUCUCUGAUAGACAAAACCUAUAAGGUUUCCACCAACGCUUCAGAAUUUUCAGGCAGUUGGCUUUCUUUUUUAAUAAGUUAGUGAGGAAAUGAGACAAAACUAGGUCUGUGUAAAAUGCUGGAACCCACAAAAAGCUUUCUAAACACAAUAAUUGCGGGUUUGUGCACAUUUCUGUCACUCUUUUAACUUCAUACAGUGUGAUAUAAAAAGAUGCAUCUGACAGUGAGCCUAUCUUCAGGAUCAAGAUUUGUUUGAAAGGACAUGACCAAAGAUGUGGCAGAUCCAAAGGAAAUUAAUGUUCAAGACUCACGGUUACUACAUUGACCUGAGGAGGGAAGGAAUGCUCCCCAUUUUGAGCUGACCACUGCCCUUAACAUCUUGGCUCUCAUGACAUGAGGUGCUUGAGGAGUCACAGGCCUUGGACAGUUUGUGUUCAUGUUUUAAUUUCUGCAGGCGAUUCUGAGCUGGUUAAUGUCCCUGGAAGAGAAUUUUUAAUUUGCCUUAUAUGUUCUUCCCUUGAGUAGGUAUAUGAGGGCAGUUUUUCACAUUCUUAAAAAUUGCAUUGGCCAAUUCUCCAUUGCUUUAUGAACUCCAUGAUAUGUCAUCAUGAUGUUUCUCAUUUGUGUUACUAGUUUCUUAAGUUGCACUGGAAUAGCACUGUCUUUUUUUGGCUUUUUUAUGACUUGCUGAUCUUGCUGGUACAAAGAGCCAAAAGUUGCCACUUCAUUGUGAUAACAUUGUUACAACAUUCUUAAUAGAUUAGAGAAUGAUGUAAAAUACGAAUGUUAGGUAUAGUGUAUUCUCAGUUUCAAAAAAUGUGUGAAAAUGUCCAGUGAGAAGUAGAAAAAGACUCAAUUUAGACCUGAAUUUUAAAAAAAAAAUUAUUUUGCAAAGAAAAUUUACUAGCCUUCACCAAAAUCUCUCUGUAGCUAGUACUUACUUAACACCAACCAUUAGUUUUAUAAUUAAAAAGAACAAGUCAAGAGCUUGUAUGGAAUGGAAAGAGGGAAACUUUCUAUCAAACACUGCCAUAAAAAACCUAUUGCUACCCAUUACCUGUGGCAUACCACACUAAAAAAAUUUUUUGAGGAAAUAAUUAAACCAAAAUACAUUUUCAAUUAUAAAGGUGAUUAGCCAUUAGUAGUUGGAAAUGUUCCAGAAUUGGUUUCACUGUGGUCCAGAAAGUUUGACAUUCCUCCCAUUUCUCAACACUUGGUAAUAUGAUUAUUUUUACAGCCAGUAUAAUUCAGAUAAUUAAAACAGAUUGUGGCCAAUAUUAACCUGCUCUCCCCUGCCUCCCAACAUAUUCUAGAAGUACUUAUCUUCAAAAAUAGUCCAGUAAAUUAAUCUCCAUAAUCUCUUUUUCCCCCUUGAUAUGUGUAAUAUCCUGGACUAAUUUUCUAGAAUUGAAUCAGCAGUGCUUAUGGUUAACUUGAACUUCCUUCCAUAAAGAUGACCUUGAGCUCCUCCCUAUCCAUAUCCCCUUGCCCAUAGCACAAAUAAUAAUAGAGCUCUAGUUGCAACUUCAAAGGGCCCAUUUGUUAACUCAUAUUUCAUACACAAGAACACUUGCAAAGAUUUCUUCAUAAUGUGAAUGUUUUUUUAGUUCCAGAAGGACAUCCUAUGAUAUUUCCUGGAUAUUAUUUUUCCUCUUGGAUCUUCAACUUGAAGCUUUAAUUUUGCACUGAAUUAUCUAAUCUGGUUAAAAUUUUAAUUUUUUCUCUUAUGCUGACAGAUUUGGAAGCAAAUUACAGUAUAUUUUCAACAAUACAGGUACUGCCUGUUGACCUGGGAUUUUAGUGCUAGGAAAGGUUUCCAGAAAAUGACAGCAAUUGAGUGAAGGGUUUUCUUCCCAAUUUCUAUUUUAUUUUUUUAAUGCCUUUUUAAAAUUUGUCUAAUGUGGCAAAAUACUUAUGUGUUCAAUUAAUUUAUGUUUUAUCCAUCUCUUUUCAAUUCUGGUUGUUUUGUAAGCUCCAGUACUUUAUCUGUUCUCUUAAAGUAUUUUAUAAAAUGAAUGUUAACAAAAACAGAGUUGGCAUUUUAUUUUUCAAA